AAAAUAACAUCCACUUUCAAACCAAACCCAAAGGACCAAGGACCCAAGACUAGGACCAACCAAGUCCAACCAAGUCCAACCAAAAACUGCACCAACUGCAUCAUUUCUUCAAACUCGCCCUAUCUUACCACAAACCACAACCUCACAAACCUCACAACUUCGCAACUUCGCAACCUCACCUAGUUACCUUACCUAGAACCAUAAUCUCCAAAAAAGAAAAAAAAAUUUCACUCUAGAAUAUAUUUGCGCAAGAACUUGCAUCCCUCUUCUUUUUUUCCCCCCCACCAACCUUGAAUCCUACAUUUCGCCAAGUUGAGCAAACAAGCUCCCCCCCAAAAAUAUCCCACCUACCCAAUCCGCCGAGCACACGACCAAAUCAUCACCCUUAGUUAUGCCUUCUUCUGCCGUUCAGAACCCUCUCGUUCAGACCGAGUCCAAGUCUGCAAAGAAGAAGAAGGCUAAGGCUGAGCGAACCGAGUCUCCAGCCCCGUCUGCUCUGUCCGUGCCCGAGAAGGCUGGCUCCGUCGCUGGUCAAGAAGGUCAGGAUGAUAGCUCCGAAAGCCCUUACGUCCGUGAGCUUCAGAAGAACAUCCGUAACCUAAACAAAAAGAUUUCCAAUUCUGCCAAGACCGAUAUCAUAAUCGACCAGCACAAAGACAAAUCACUAGAUGAACUUGUCAAUGCUAGAAUCAUCAACGCCGACCAGCGCACCCAGCGGCUGAAGAAGCCCCAACUGGAAUCUCAACUUGCCCAGCUCGAGGAACAACUUGCCCAGUAUAAGAAAGUGGACGAGGAAUACCGAACUCGCAUCGCAGCCGAGAAGGCUAGCUUAGAGAAGUCCUUGACAGAGGGAUUCGAGAAGGAGAAGGCCGAUGCGAUUAGCGAGAUUAAGGAGCAAGCCGCAGCCGACUCUAAGAAGACCCAGCAUGAUAGUUUGCUGGUACUGUCGCAGUUCCUUCGACUGGCCGCCGCUCGAAGAACAGAGGAGGCAGAUGCUGGCCUGGACGAGAACAUGGCGCUCGAGGGUGUUCUCCUUAACGUCUAUUCGGGAGACGAGAAUGCUGUUUCUACUAUGAUUAAGCUUAUCGAAGGCUCCGAAGAAAAGACCACCAGUGUUAGCGGAGACGAGCUUCAGACUACAUUCGCCCAAGUUAAGGCUGUGUCCGCGGCUCAUGCUACUCUGUUUGCUGCUGAGGUAGCCGCUGAAUCUACAGAAGCUUCUGUCGAGACCACUAAUGGAACUGACCCAACUGUUGCCCAUGCCGGUCUUACUGAGAUCGACAGUACUGGAGCUACGGCCCCGUUAACUAACGGUCACACCGAGUCUACACCGACAUCGGCACCUGGUGUCCCUGAGAAUGCAGACGUCGGUGAUGAUGCUGCUAACGCCGCCGCCGAGUCUCAAUGGGAUGCUAACAACGACCUGAGCGCCUCCAUUUCCCAGGAAGAGUGGGUUAAGGUCCCUCGAGAUCCUACCGAAACGGAGACCGGUCUAACGGCAACCCCCGCAUCGACGGGCAAUGUCCAAUCCUGGGCCGACGAACAGCCCGAGAACCCACCGGAGUCUCGCGCCCCCGCGGAAGCGAACGACGGAUUUCACCAAGUUCAGCGCAACCGACCACGAGGUGAUCGCGAAGGAGGCUGGAGAGGACGUGGCCGAGGCGACUACCGCGGUGGCUGGCGAGGACACGGAGAGGGACGAGGACGCGGUCGUGGUCGCGGCCGCGGCGGGAUGGGACGUGGUGGAAGACCACGAACUGAAGAGUCGUAGAGGAUUCAGUCUCGUGCCGGUGCCCGUCGAUUUUAUUGCCGCAUCUCUCGGGAUCGGCUCCUGGCUCGACAGUCAUGGCGCUGAUCUACCUCGUUCUCACUCGACCGUAUCUAGACUCUGCCCGUCUGGUUGUACAGGAAUAAUUUCGAUAUAAAAAACAUUAGCAUUCGGUGCCCGCGCAUGUAUUCAUGAGGAGGAUAAUUGUAAAGCAAAAAAAGGGAUUGGUGGGCUGUCCAAAUGCGUUUGGAUCGGCCCUCUGACUUUAUAAAAAGGGAAACAACAGGGUGGGCACAAACUGGCGUCGGCUUUCUUCCCGCACCGCGCAUCGGGUUGGUGGGGGACAGGAUUCCUUGUUUGUCUGUACCAAAAGUUCGUUGGCAUUUACGAGACGCGAAAAAAGAAGUCGGUUGGCGUAAAUGGUUAAUGAGACCAAGAUUAUGAGGAUACAUGCUUUGCUUGCUUGCUUUGUGUUUGCCUGUAAUGUUGCGUGUGACCGCGUAUAAUGAUUAUAUGAUGCGAGAGGCUCUAGACUUAUAUUAUAGAGACCUCGGGAAGAAAGGGGCUCGAGUUGGCUGGCGUUAGACGUUUUGCCACAAGAGUUAGAGUUCUCUGCUAUAAUAGUAAUUCGAGAAGCCUAUGUUGAUAAUAA